GCAAGCAGCAGUAUCUGCAGAAAUCAAGGACAAAAGAAAAUCACCACUAUCUGUAGACAGGUUUAAAGCCUUUGCAGAAGCUGUAAUGGCUAACAGUCAGAUGCUCUGCGAUACAAGGAGGCAGUUGUUCUGCAUCAUGUUAGUAGCUGUUUUUCAAGCAAUUGCUGGGCAGAUCCAUUACUCGAUUCCUGAGGAACUGCAGAAAGGUUCUUUUGUGGGGGACGUCGCAAAGGAUCUGGGGAUGGAUUUGAAGCAACUCUCGCAUGAUGCUGUCCAGAUUGUUACUGAAGGUAGGAAACAAUAUUUUGCCCUCAAUAUCCAAAAUGGUUAUUUGUAUGUUAAGGAAAGGCUAGAUAGAGAAGAGCUAUGUCCCCAACUAGCCACUUGUGUCAUGAAGUUAGAGGUCCUUGUUCAAGGACAGCUUAAGGUUUAUACAGUCAAGAUUGAAAUUGAAGAUAUCAAUGACAAUGCACCAACAUUCCAAGCAGAAACACUGCAACUGAACAUCGCAGAAAGUACAGCCGUAGGGUCCCAGUUCCUUCUUCCAGAUGCACAGGACCCGGACUUAGGAACAAACUCUUUGCAGAACUAUCACAUCAGCCCUAACAGCCACUUUUCUCUUGAUGUUCAAAUGACACCAAGCGGGGCCAAAUAUGCCGAGUUAGUACUGGAAAAGCCUAUAGACCGGGAAGAAAUAGCAUUCCAUGAAUUAAUCCUGACAGCCAAUGAUGGAGGAAAUCCUGCCAAAUCUGGAACUGCACACAUCAAGAUUGUUGUAGAAGAUGCAAAUGACAAUGCACCAGUUUUUUCACAGUCUGUUUAUAAAGUGACUGCUAUGGAAAACAUUCCUAUUGAUUCUUUACUAGUAACAAUAAAUGCUACAGAUCUGGAUGAGGGCAUUAAUUCAGAGAUCACAUAUUCAUUCCGCCAAAUAUCAGAAAAAGCUUCAAAUACAUUCCAUUUGGAUGCCAAGACUGGAGAAGUAAAGGUGAGGCAGAAUAUGGAUUAUGAGGAGUGCACUUCCUAUGAAAUGGAGGUUCAAGCCCGUGAUGGAAGGGGUUUAUCAGGGCGAGCAAAUAUUUUCUUGGCAGUUACUGAUGUAAAUGAUAAUGCACCAGAAAUUGCAGUAACAUCUUUCACCAGUGCUCUGAGUGAAGAUUCCCCAGUAGGGAUUGUAACUGCACUGUUAAAAGUAACAGACAGGGAUUCAGGAGAAAAUGGCAUGGUCAUGUGCUCCAUCCUUGGUAACAUGCCAUUUCAUUUAGAGAAAACUUUUGAUAAUUACUACAGUUUAGGGACUGACAGAGCCCUGGACCGUGAAGAGGCCUCUUAUUACAAUGUGACUGUUAUAGCAAUGGAUAAAGGAAUUCCUCCUCUUUCCACAACAACUAUCAUUCCAGUGAAAAUAUUGGACAAAAAUGACAACCCACCAAUUUUUCAGAAAAAAUCCUACACUUCUUCAAUUUCAGAAAAUACUCCAGCUGGAACUUCGAUUAUCACAAUAAAAGCAACUGAUCCAGACUGGGAGAAGAAUGGCAAAGUUAGUUACUCAAUUACUUCAGGAGAAAUGAAUUACUCCUACUUAUCCUCCUGUCUGUCUGUACACUCAGAGACAGGGACAAUAUAUGCCCUACAUCCCUUUGACUAUGAAGAGGUCAAGGAACUUAACUUCCAGGUGAAGGCCCAGGAUGGAGGCUCCCCACCCCUCAGCUCCAAUGUCUCUGUGACCCUCUUCAUCCUGGAUCAGAAUGACAAUGUGCCAGAAAUCCUGUACCCCUCUGUUCCCACAGAUGGCUCUACUGGGAUAGAGCUGGCUCCUCGCUCUUCUGAGCCGGGUUACUUGGUCACUAAAGUGGUGGCCGUAGAUGCAGAUUCUGACCAGAAUGCCUGGCUCUCCUACCAGCUGACCAAGGCCACAGAACCAGGACUUUUCACUGUGGGACUCCACACGGGAGAGAUCAGGACAGCCCGCUUCUUCCUGGAAAAAGAUGCCCUCAAGCAAAGUCUGGUGAUUUUGGUCAAGGACAAUGGACAACCACCAAUGUCAGCUUCAAUCACUUUCACUGUAGUUUUAGCUGAUAGCAUUCCAGAUAUACUGACUGAUCUAAGCCACAUCUCAGCUCCUGUUGAUCCUCCUUCCGACCUCACGUACUAUCUAGUAAUUGCAGUGGCUUUUGUCUCCUGCUUGUUCUUAGCUUUCCUCCUUGUUUUGCUCGCCAUCAAAUUGCAUAAAUGGAGAAAAUCUCAAUUCUGUGACAAUGGAAGUGUGCGUUUCAGCGGUGUUCCUGUCUCCCAGUUUGUGGGAAUUGACGGAGUCCGAGCGUUCCUUCAGUCUUAUUGCCAUGAAGUUUCAUUGACUUCAGGCUCUCAGAAAAGGCUCUCCCAGAUUCUUUUUCCUAUUGGAAGCUGUACGAAUACACUGACACCACAGCAGGCUGCUAAUAAACCGGAUCCUUUGUUAAUAACUGGUGAUCUGAAUAUCUUUCAGGAGGAAGCAGCUGCCACUCAGGUGACAACUGCGGUGCUAUUUAUUGAAAUUUCAGAUGUAAAUGAUAAUGCCCCAGUCUUUGGCAAAACACAGUAUACUUCUUAUGUAACUGAGAAUAACUCCAGAGGUCAGCCGGUUUGUCACAUAAAAGCAAACGAUCCUGAUUUCAUGGAAAAUGCCACAGUCACUUUUUCAAUAAUUGAAGGAGGUAUUAGUGACUCAACUCUCUCCUCCUACCUCUCCAUUAAUUCUGAAACUGGGGUUGUCUAUGCUCUGUGCCCCUUUGAUUAUGAACAGAUUAAAGAGAUUAACUUCCAGGUGAAGGCCCAGGAUGGAGGCUCCCCACCCCUCAGCUCCAAUGUCUCUGUAACCCUUUUCAUCCUGGAUCAGAAUGACAAUGCGCCAGAAAUCCUGUACCUUUCCCCUCCCACCGAUGGCUCCACUGGGAUAGAGUUGGCCCCUCACUCGUCAGAGCCUGGUUACCUGGUUACUAAAGUGGUGGCUGUAGAUGCAGAUUCUGGCCAGAAUGCUUGGCUCUCCUACCAGUUGAUCAAGGCCACAGAGCCAGGACUUUUCAGUGUAGGACUCCACACUGGAGAGAUCAGGACAGCCCGCUACUUCCUGGAGAAGGACGCCCUCAAGCAAAGCCUGGUGAUUUUGGUCAAGGACAAUGGACAACCAUCUCUUUCUGCCUCUGUCACAAUCACAGUGGUACUGGCUGACAGUUUCCCUGACGUAUUGACUGAUUUGAACCGCAUCUCAGCUCCUGUCGAUCCUCCUUCAGACCUCACAUACUAUCUGGUGGUUGCUGUGGCUUUUAUCUCCUGCUUGUUCUUCACCUUCCUCCUGGUUUUACUUGCCAUCAGAUUGCAUAAAUGGAGAAAAUCUCAAUUCUGUGACAAUGGAAGUGUGCGUUUCAGCGGUGUUCCUGUCUCCCAGUUUGUGGGAAUUGACGGAGUCCGAGCGUUCCUUCAGUCUUAUUGCCAUGAAGUUUCAUUGACUUCAGGCUCUCAGAAAAGGCUCUCCCAGAUUCUUUUUCCUAUUGGAAGCUGUACGAAUACACUGACACCACAGCAGGCUGCUAAUAAACCGGAUCCUUUGUUAAUAACUGGUGAUCUGAAUAUCUUUCAGGAGGAAGCAGCUGCCACCCAGGUAAGCAUGUAA